GUGGAGCUGCUGAUCACUUACGAGGGGUACCCAGUGUCGGUCACGGACCUGCGGCUGCUCAUGGACACCUUCGCCCGCACCGAGUACACGGGCCCGUGGCGAAGGCUCUUCUCGCGCCUGCGCAAGCACGUCAUCUGGGGCGUGCUCAAGUCCGUGACAGGCAUGCAGGGCCGCAAGUUCAAGGACGCGCACCUGCAGGGAGGCAGCAGCAGCAUCACCAACCACGCCUUCAAAUCCCAGGCAGCAGCAGCUGCAGCAGCAGCAGCAGAGAUGGCUGACAGCGAUAGUGACGAGGAGAGCGCACCAGCGGGGGCAACAGCCGCAGGCGCGGGGGUGGCUGGCCGGAGGAUUGCGGCAGCAGGAGGGGCAGGAGCAGCAGGGGCAGGGGGGGAGGAGGAGGCGAAGGGGGUGUUGAUGCGAGCAGUGGUGGCAGUGCGGGUACAGCAGGGGGAAGGGUAGGUGCAUCUGAGGCAGGUUCAGCUGUUCCUGGUGCUGCACCCACUGUUGCUGCUGCAGCUGGCAAUGCGGGCAUCACCAGCAGCAGCUCAGGAGAAGGUUCCUUGAUUUCAGGCGCAAUUUCUGCUGCUGGUGCUACUGGUGCUCCCACUGCCACUCCUGCUGCUGCGGCAGGUGCUGCUCCAGGUGCUACUACCCCUGGCUUGGUUGGCAGCAGCAGCACAGCUGCAGCAGGAGCUGCAACUGCGUCUGCCACUGCUGCUGCUGGUGCUAGUGGUAAUGCUAGUGCAGGUAAUGUGGCUACCGCUGCCAGUCCUCUGAACGCCCUGCCAGUGGCAGGAGGCGGGGCGUCGAUGCUGCUGGCACGGCUGGGCAACAAGGGCGAGCGCAUGGGGGAUGGGUUUGUGUCGUCGGUGAAAGGGUUGUUUAAAGACCAGCUGGGACGGGCGAAGCAGGUGCUCAAGAGCCGAGAGCAGCAGCAGCAGCAGCAGCCGCAUCACCACCAUCACCACCACCAUCGGCAUCAUCAGCACCACCAGCCACAGGAGAGCAGUGGCGGUUUGGGGAGUGUGGAGGAGGGUACGGGUAGUGAAGGGGUGGUGGUGAAAGGAGAGGGGAGUGGGGAGUCUCAGGUGGUGCAGACAGGGAGUGGGGAGGAGGAGAGGGAGAGGGAGAGGGAGAGGGAGAAGGAGAGGGAGAAGGAGAGGGGGAUGAGCUCACUGGUGGCGAAGGGGCAGGCUCUGGUGCCGAAAUUGUGGACGCCUAAACAGACUGCAGCUACGCCAGAGCAAUCGGAAGAUGGUGUUGCUUUGUCCAAGACAACCUCGGCAGUAUCGGAUUCAGCAAGUUGAGCUAUUGUGGUACCGAGAAAAGCACGUCGUGAUGGCUAUCACUCUAAUAUACGACUCACUAGAGCAUUGUUGCAAGAAUCAUUGGCUAAUCAGAAUCAGAGAACCGGUACCUGCGUGACUAAGCCACCUUUGAUGUUGGUGGAUACCACUUCGGAUAUUAUGCGAUUCCCAGCUUUC